UCACUACACACAGAUCAUCUACGUCGGUGGUCAACAAACACAUCCAGUCGCGUCAUUACCCACGUUAGAAGAGCCAAAAUACUGACACAUAGCGCAAAGAUCCGUAAAGCUUUCGAACUUUAUUUGUUUUGUGCUUUUUUCUUAAUAUACGCUUUUUUCAUCAUCAUCAGCCAGGAGUAGAAAUUCAAUCAUCAAGGUCACUCAAGACGUCAUUCAGUUAGAGGAGAGUUGUUUGUGUUUCUUCACGAUCUAAGGUCUUAGAUUUUCUGACAUCUAAGGUCUGUCAUCCAAAUAAUAGUUUGUCGGCUUGUGCUAGUCCUCAUAACAGUGCUUUUGUAGCCACAGAAUAAUUUAUUAUCUUGUACUAGAAAACUUAACGAUUAAUUUCACUUCUUGCAGAAAGUAUUGAUUAAUAAGGCCUUUUUGUAACAAUGUCUUCAAAUCCAAACGACGUGACAGAUCUUAUAGCAAAAGCUGAAAAAUGCUUAAAGAUAUCUUUACUAAAGAGGAGGCCUGAUUAUGAUGGUGCAAUCGAAUACUAUGGAAAGGCUGCAUUACUUCAUAGAAAUCGCAAGCAGUUAAAAGAAGCGGCUGAGACAUAUAAAAAGGUUGCUGAACUGCAUUUUAAAAAUGGGUCUUAUUUCCAUUGCGCCAAACAAUAUGAAAUUGCUGCACAAAUGUACCGUGAUUUGAAAGAUUUUUCACAAAUGGCUUCAUUAAUUGCUGAGGCUGGACUGAUGCUACGGCAAAAUGGCACUCCUGACUCAGCAUCAUAUGUUUAUGAACGAGCUGCCAAAAGCCUUGAAGAGCCAUUACCCGAACGUGCCGCUGAAUUUUAUGAAAGAUCUGCAGAUGCUUGUGAGAUAGAAGAAAAAUUUCAUGAAGCUGCAACACAGGCUAACAAUGCUGCUCAUAUAUGGGUUCGUUUAAAGCGUUUUAACGAAGCAGAACGUCUACUUCGAUUAUUUAUUGAUUACACAACAAGAGGUCACGCGGAUAGUGUUGGAGCUACGGUAGGUGGAUUUGCUGAUCCCAGUGCUUCACCAAAGCUGUGUGGUCGUGCUGUGACAGUUCUAAUAUUGAUUAAAUUGUAUAUGGAGGAUGAAGUAGCAGCCAAAAAGAUCUUCAAUGAAGCUGUUGAGUAAGCAUGCCUGUCCUUUUACCAAUAAAUUCUUUUUCAGUACAGGUUUUUGCGAGGUUUAAAAGGAAACUUGUAUUUGUUAUAGCUUAUGAGUCUACAAUCAUAUUAGUGGUUGGGAAUACUCCAAAGCUUCCUAAACUAAUACACCUUCGUAAGGUUGAAAAAUCAUAAUUAUGUAGUAUUUUACUUUAUAAAUAACACUAAUUAACAUCUCAAAUACAUUUUAAUAGCUGAGUGCGUAUAAUUCUAUUUUGACUCGGGAGACAUUAAACGUAAGAUUUUACCAUCUCCUUUUUUCGUUUUAGUUUACUUUCCAUCAGGUUAGCAUUUAUAUCGUAAAUUUAAUGUUUACUAGGUUAUCAGUCUCGUUUACGUUGUGAGAAGAAAAUACACUGCUCAGGCAUAGUAGGUGAUAGUAAAUGUUCGAGCUUGACAAGCAAAAGUUUGGAAACCCUGGCCUCAAUUUUAAUUCCAACAUUAUUUUUACAUUGUUAAACACUUCUAUCUUUUAAAGUCUGAUUAAAAAGUAAGACAUUGAUGACCAAAAAUAUCUGUUCAUCAUUUGUACAUAUUUCUUUUGAAAGGAAGUGGUCAUUAAUAUCAUCCAUACUGUUCUUAUUUGUCAUCUUAAGGCGAUGGAGAUUUCCGGAAGCUGAAGAAUUUUCUGCAGUGAGGCGACUACUAGCUGCCGUCGAUGAUAUGGAUAAAAAGGCUUGUGAAAUGGCAAUAAAGGAUCAGUGCUUCAGAAUGCUUGACCUAGAUUAUGCUCGUCUAGCAAAAGAAAUUAAAUUCCCUUAUAAUGAUAAUGUUUCUGAACAAAUACAAAAAUCAAAAGACAGUUUCAUUUCAACAUCAACAAAUUCAGGGAACUUAAAUAAUCCAAUACAAGAUGGUAACCAAGGAGAUGCACAAGAAGAAGAAGAAGAGGAAGAAGAAGAAGAUAUUUGUUAAUUUAUUUUCUGAUUUCUUAUUGAAUCACUUGAUCUUUUCAUUAUUAUUUGAUAAGAAUUUCCUUUGAACUGAAAUCAUGACAUUACAAGGGAUAUACAUAUAUAUAUACUACUGAUAUACUCAUAUGAAUGCUAAUUAUUUAUUAGCUUUACUAUACACAUUCCUAUAUUUUAGCGCAUAAUUUACCCGUAAUUACAAAAAUUUCUCUAAUUAUUUAUAUUCUACACAUUUUUUUUGUAUUCUAUAUGCUUUCCUUCUAUUUUCUUCUGUUGUUGUUGUGUAUAUUGAUGAAUUUAAUUAUUCAUCUGUGCAUUUCAAAUGUCUAAGAUAAUGCGAUGAAUAAAUAGAUACGUAAUAUAUUACUUAUUUAAUCAGUUAUUAUCAUAUUACGUUUCAGUUAUGUCAGUCAGCUACAACGUAGGACCA